ACGCACGCGCCAGUUUGAGGUUGAAGAUGGCGGCUGCUCAGGCGGUAGAGGAAAUGCGGAGCCGCGUGGUUCUAGGGGAGUUCGGCGUUCGCAAUGUUCAUACCACUGACUUUCCCGGUAACUAUUCCAGUUAUGAUGAUGCCUGGGACCAGGACCGCUUCGAGAAGAAUUUCCGUGUGGAUGUGGUACACAUGGAUGAAAAUUCACUGGAGUUUGACAUGGUGGGAAUUGAUGCAGCCAUUGCCAAUGCUUUUCGACGAAUUCUGUUAGCCGAGGUGCCAACUAUGGCUGUGGAAAAAGUCCUGGUGUACAACAACACAUCCAUUGUCCAGGAUGAGAUCCUUGCUCACCGCCUGGGGCUUAUUCCCAUUCAUGCUGACCCCCGUCUUUUUGAAUAUCGGAACCAAGGAGAUGAAGAAGGAACAGAGAUAGAUACUCUGCAGUUUCGGCUCCAAGUUAGGUGCACUCGGAAUCCCCAUGCUGCAAAAGAUUCCUCUGACCCCAAUGAACUCUACGUGAACCACAAAGUGUACACCAGGCACAUGACAUGGGUCCCCCUGGGGAACCAGGCUGACCUCUUCGCGGAGGGCACUAUCCGACCAGUGCAUGAUGAUAUCCUCAUUGCUCAGCUGAGGCCUGGCCAGGAGAUUGACCUGCUCAUGCACUGUGUCAAGGGCAUUGGCAAAGAUCAUGCCAAGUUUUCACCAGUGGCGACAGCUAGUUACAGGCUUCUGCCAGACAUCACCCUGCUUGAGCCCGUGGAAGGAGAGGCAGCUGAGGAGUUGAGCCGGUGUUUCUCACCUGGAGUUAUUGAAGUGCACGAAGUCCAAGGUAAAAAGGUGGCCAGAGUUGCCAAUCCCCGGCUGGAUACCUUCAGCCGGGAAAUCUUCCGGAAUGAGAAGCUGAAGAAGGUUGUACGGCUUGCCCGGGUUCGGGAUCAUUAUAUCUUCUCUGUUGAGUCCACAGGGGUGUUACCACCAGAUGUUCUGGUGAGUGAAGCCAUCAAAGUACUGAUGGGGAAGUGCCGGCGGUUCUUGGACGAACUAGAUGCAGUUCAGAUGGAGUGAAGUUUGCACUGGCAUGUUAUUGGGAUGGUUGGCCUUGGAAGUUCCUGAGGCAAGCUGAAAGUUUUGGGUUCUGAUGUGCCUCUACAGGACUGCUGUACAGAGAGCCCAGUGUGACUAGGGGUCCUGAGUUUUGUGGGACAACUUUUUUCAAUCAUUUUGUCAAAUGUGCCACAGAAUGAGACUUUUAUGCCUUUGUAAGGCCUUUGAUGUAAAUAAAUUCAUGUCCAAACAAAUUA